AAUAUUUAUUAGUAUUGUUAUCAUCAUUCGAAUCGACUUUUGUGGUUUUGACACUAAUAUCUCCACCUAACCGCCUGAUUAAUUUUUGCGCACGCAAUUGAUCGGAUCUUAAGUGAAUUCGACAACCAGGCCAAGUUAAUUCCGUGGCAACGCGUAACGUCUGAAAAUAUUAUGAAUAUUUCGUCAACCUCUCGCCUCUUCCCUCUUCAACGUAAUUCAAUCAAAACGCAUUACAUCUGUUGCAUCCUUGGACACCGGUACCUGCACAUGAUAACCUCAAGAGCGCUCAUUAGUAAACGCUAAACACUCUUAUGGUAAAACCAUGUUAAGUGCACGCCAGAUGUCAAAUCAUUUUCUUCAUGUCGUUUGCGCAAUUAUAUACCAAUGACAUGCGAUUAUUUGGUUAUUCUUUCGGGGAUCGUGCAGCUCACUGUUCCAGGUGCACGAGAGCGCUCCGUCUUCGCGUCGUUAAGAGGUGACACCUGAUCUGGAGCACUCCAGGUGAGCUCAUUAACCACCUGUACAUCUUCACCUGUCCAUGGAACCUAUCAAACGCCCUGGCUUGUAUUUUCUAUCUGUUUUAUCUACACCGGAGAGGUCGGACGGAGGUGGAUAGAGAGCGUUAGAGGAGAAGAGACUUGGGCUUGACUGACUUGAGGGUCAGUUUAUAAGACGUGAGAGAAGUGUGCAACAUGAGCGAGCUCUAGGUUACAAGGGGCCCAAAACAACAAGGCGCUGAAAGUGAGUAACUAAGUUUUCUGUUAGAAAUUGUGCAUGUUUGCCUAUAGUUAUGUCGGUGCGCCCAUAGUAUCAUGGGUCCGUCAAGACUACCUUUUUAUUUAGUUAUUUAUUGAUCUUGAAGGAUAGUUCCUUUAGUUUAAACAAAAACUGAUUUCCAAGGGAGUCCUGAUACCUUUGGGGAUGCUCAGAGGAUAACAUUAUACAUGUAUAUGUGUACUCUUGAUAGCAGACUCUAGCGCUGGCCGACUAUAACUCCCUCCGACUAACAGCUUCCCAGCUAGGGGCUAACUUAGAUCGGCCGGCGUAAUGCAAACCCGCUAAGGCCUAGGUCCCAGUUGCACCGGCCGGGCUCCGAAACCACAAAUUCGUCCCGCUGAACUGCCGCAUACCGUGGGUACUCCUAGGUGUUCCCCACGGGAAGGUCACGGCGUCUAUCUGUUACCGGGUACCGGGUUCAUUUUAAGCCCGACCUACAUUCAACCCGGUGCCCAGCCGGGCCCAAAAUACCCCGGGAGCCGCAAGGUGCCCCUGGGGGUCACGUAGGGUUUAAGCCCGAAAGUGAAAAAAAUCAGCCCGUGAACUGCCCACAGGGCCCCAUUUUCCAAUUGGGACCUAAGCCUAAGUUUGGCGCCCAGGGUACAUCUGAGGUGCCAAAGAAUUGUUUGCAACUGUUUUUCAGAUAAGGCAUCCGACUGUGUGUAAACCUACUACAACUUACACAUAACUGGGAGUGAUCAGGAGACCCUCGUCACUAACGUCUAGCAAUAGAUUUCCUUUCAUCAAAAACAUUUUGGGUAUAUCCAGCAUGAAGGUGGCGAAACAGGUAGCAGUUUUCCUUAUCAUUCUAAUGAGAUGUGAGAGUUUAGACAUACCAUGCUUUCCUGGGUGUGAUUAUGAUUAUACAGAUUCCUGGUCAUCUUGCCUUCCUGAUUGCAAGUCUUAUACAAAUAUGCACCCUGAUAUGGGUAGGCAAAACACCGCUUGUAUCCGAUGUACCACCGCACAGUUGCAGCUACAACAUGUUGCUAAUGAAAAGAACCUCUCUGUACUAGCUGUGCCAACCCCAAUAUGCCUACCUAACAAUUUACAUGUAGCGGUGAGAGGAUUGUCGCUUGGUAAGCUCUCAGUAGAGAAACUUAGACCGCUUCAGCAGUCAAAAAUACAGUUCCUUACUCUGGCUGAAUGCGGAAUUACGGAUCUUGGUGAACAUGUUUUAGGUGUGUUUCCUCGAUUGUCAUCAUUAGAGAUUAUCUUCAACGGGUUGACUGAGGUCAAAGAACAAUGGUUCAGCGGUUUAAAGCACCCAGACUUUUUCUACAGUUUAUCAUUGUCUCACAACAACAUUAGCAGCAUAGACUCAUCCCCCUUUCAAAAACUCAGCUUCCUCACAGGGUUGCUACUUGACAAUAACUCAUUGAAAAGCAUUCAGUCAUCUUGGCUUGCUGGACUGGAAAGAUUAUUCUAUCUUUCUCUGAAAUCUAACCAGAUUCGAAACAUACAUCCUACAGCGUUCAUGUUUCUUCGGGACCUUGACAAGUUAGACUUAAGCGACAAUUUGUUGACGUAUCUGUCAAGUGAUACCACAAGGGGGCUACACAAACUACACGACUUAAUUGUCGGAGGAAGAUUACCUCUCAUUGACGCUUCUGCUCCUUUGGUAAAGAACUGGAAACUUGACUAUAACCGUUUACGUACCGGUGAGUUUAUUGCAGUCACUGUUAAUGAAGUACUUUUCUGUAUGAGAAAACGUCCUCGGAUGACGCGAUAUCAAGUCCAUGUGCACCAUUAUAAUACCCUCACACAGGUAUACAUGGACAUAGUUCUUCAAUGUAAAAUAUUAAACCUAGAGUUGACUUCAGCAGACAAAGCGUCGUAUGAUCUGCCAAUUGCUAUCAUAUCAAACGUCAAUAACACUGAACAUGCUACAAGUAUCAAUCAAUUGUGUAGAGAUUCCUGGAAGGAUGUUGGCAUCGUCAAUGUGGCUUUGAGCCAAGAUCUGAAUUUGCGGAUUGUAUCCAUUCGUGUAGAGAAAUCUUACCAAACACACCCUGUUGCUGUAAUUCUAUCUGCCAUUACAACUGGCAACGAGAAUAUCAACAUGUCGGACGCUGUCUGCUUCGGCAAAAACGGUACUGUCUUGGGGCAUGAAGAACUAAAGAAUGUGACGUGCCUAUUCAACACCUGUGGGAAGGUCUACAGACAUGUCUUCACCACGCCCUUAUGCAACUCUCCUGAUGACACCGUCCGUGUAGGAGAGAAGGGGGUGACUAACACUACAAAGCAGCCUGCCAAAGCCACUGUGUCGACGCCUUCCACAGCCCCAUUCGUGACAGUUGGAUCUGAUAAAGAGCAAUCCUGGGGUUACCUGGGGUUAGUCACGGUAUUAGCUGUGAUAGGGGUCACUGCCGUAGUACUGUUUCUCACUUAUUUUGUGAGAAGGUGGGGCUGUUGUUCAGGAGGGAACCAAGCCGCACAGGCUGGCAAUGCCUGUCCUGGGUCUCCCCUUGGUGUUGUGUCCUGCAGUAGCUGGAUGGUUAGUGGAGCAAGUGGCCCUACUGUCACCGUCAGUGCGGGUAAGUAUUCGGCAGAUCCUGAUGAAGACGUAGAGACGACCCCAAAGCUUGCUUCAUCCUCUAGUGAUGAGCAACAGUACGAAGAAAUUCCUGACGAGUACUUCUUGUACUACAAUACAAGACCAGCGUCACUCCAUCAUGACUACUGGGAAAUCAAAGAUGAACACUACAACUACGAAAAUACCCAAUCACGCCCCCUAUCGCUCCCCCUGUCAUUGCAGGCACAUUUGUCUGGACAAGAUGACGAGGAUAGCUCAAUUACUUUCUACGCUUCCGCGGUUAACGAAAAUUACCAAGAAUCUGCAGGUCACAGAGAAAACAGCGCUCCCCCGUAUGAAGUUGUUAAAGAAAGAGCCCGAAAUUUAGCUUUGAUGGGUAAAUAUGGCAGACUACAGAGGGGGUUCAAACAGAAGGCUAGCAGAGUGUACCUGGAUGCACGGGCACGGAAAAUUUUAACUUCCAACCCUUCCGCGAUUAACCAAAAUUAUCAGGAUCCUGGACGUCAAAGACAGAAAGGCGCUCCUUCGUACGAAACACCUACAAUACACAAGUCAAGAGCUCGAGAUUUGGCUCUGGUGGGUAAAUAUGGCAGAAUGCAAAAAGGUUUUAGACAGAAGGCAAACAGAGUGUACCUAGACGCUCAUAAACAUGAAUCCACACAAAGCAAAACCCAACAAAACAUGUCGUCGACUUCACAGGCACCAACCAUACCCACAAUUACCCCAUCCAAGGCUGAUGUGUCGACCAUACGCGAAAUUGUUAGGAAAGGCAAAGUUAAACGGUCACAAACCUUUUGAAUAACACAUGGUCCUAUAUGAAACGGGUGUGGGUUAGAGAGAGAUGGACAUACGUCCAUGGGACAAUAAACGGAACUUACUAAACAACCAAGAAACAUGUUAAAGAA